CUUCUCUUCUCUCUCUAAUCCGGACAGUGGUGAACCGAAGAAAAACGGAAAAUGAAGGUAGCUCCGAAUGUAAUUUUCCUAUUCAAAGACGCCGACGGCUGUGGCACGGCAAUCGCAGACGCUCUACAACCAAACCCUAAUUCCACCUUGAAAAGAUUGGAAGACUCGUUCGAGCUGUCGUUGGAGUGUUACGGUAUCAAAGAUCGUAAAGCGUCUGGAAAUAUCGUCCACUUUGUCGAUGAUAAUGGCCUUUUUCAGGUGUCUGUGUUGCUUUUGCAAAUUUAUGACCCUCCAAUAUUGGCAUGUGCUAUCAAUGAAGUUCUAGCAUCAAUAGCAGCAGAAAAUUUGUCAACUAUGCCCACAAUAGUUUCCCCAUUCAUUGUGACAGCAUCAAAGCUUAAGCUAGAAAAUGGAAGUCGAGUAAUCAACAAUCAAGUUUCACUAUAUGGUACACAAGUGGGUCCAGAAACAGACAUUAUGCAGGCCAUUUCCUCCAAGAUUCAAAAACCACCAUCAUCACUGCGGAUUCAUCAUGAACCAUUGGCCUGUUUUCUUCAGUUGGUCCGUGCCUUGAAGAUGCCAACCUACUUUCUCAUUGGACAAGCUGGGCAACGCCUGUCACAUAAAACUUCAGGAGAAGAGGUAAUCUGUGAGAUAGGAGAGCUUUUGGCAAGCACCUUAUCCCUGUGCUUUAUCAGAGAGAGUAUUACAUGGAAUCCGACCAAGACAACAAGGAACAACGAGGAGCCAUGGCGUGCAUUAUAUGGUUGAACCUUGCGUGUUUGAGAGCAUCAGGAGCCAUAGCAUAGCCAAACAUUUGAGGUGCGUAGCUGGGAGGUAAUUGUUCGUUAUAAACUCAUUGCUAAAUGCUGGACAGCAACCCUUGGAGGUGGCUUAAGUAAGACUCCCAAUUAGAAGCCUUGUUUUUCAUGGAUGCACAGUGAAAAACGAGUAACUAGAGCCCUUCUGUUAUCAAGCAAUGCUCAAAUCUCUUCAAUGAGAUCGCACAAAAAAUCUUCAAUGAAAUUUCUAGAUGCAUACGUUAUGAAUCUUGUACUCACAAGACUGUUACAUGGUAUUCAGCAAAUUUAGGAUAAAAUACAGUGAUGGGCAGUAUGUGUUUUGUCUCGUGUCUCACCCCAGUCCUUAUUAUUUUGGUUGCGCU